AUGUGCAACAAGAAGAGUCCACCUCUUCCUACUUCUGCUACUCCUACUUGUCAUGAUGAUGAUCCUGUGCAAACCAGCUCUAUGAUUCAUAAUAUCAUCAAGGAAGAACAACAAGAAACCUCCACAGACCCGGCAGCAGCUCACCGCAAAUCCAGAACCAAGACCAGGAAGCCCAAGUUCUUAAGCCUCCGAUCCCAACUCUCGCUCCCCAAGCAUGAUCACGACCAAGAUUAUUACACAGUAUCAGAUUCGACCACUACAAAUACAAUGACCGCCGGUCAACGCCACCAGCUCAACCUCUUCCCACUCCACCCGGAAAACCUUGUCGACCACCAAGACAAAGCCGACAUGCAGGACGACAACGUGGCCUUGCUCUUCCACUCAGACGGCGGAGCCACCCUCAACGGCCUCCUCACAUCCACCUCCACCGCCACGACCUCCACCUCGACAACCACCACAAUGUCAUCUGACCGAGAGGACCAAGAGUCGUUUUCCACCUACGCCUACUAUAACAUUGUACGGACGGCGAUGAGGAGCAGAGAGAGGGAGACGAGCGUGGAGAAGUGGGUGUGCUACUCGGAGCUGGUGGACAAGAAGGAGGAGGAGCCUCGUCGUGACGUGGAGGUACGGUGGAGGAGCGGGACCUUGGCUUUGAAGCUUGAUUAUGAGGAGAUCUUGAAUGCUUGGUCUGAUAAGGGCCCACUUUGCAUUGAUGGGGACCCACCACAGACUGUUCCUGACCAGCUUUUUCAGCUCCAUGAUAACACUCCCAAUGGUGAGGGAUGUGAUGGGAAUUUAUGGAGGGUCCCAGGAGGAGAGGAUGAGAGCCUGAAAACGAAGAUGGGGAAAACUCAAAGAGAGGCGAGUGUAUUGAGAUACAAGGAAAAAAGGCAAAACAGGCUUUUCUCUAAGCGGAUCCGAUACCAAGUUCGAAAGCUCAAUGCCGAAAAACGACCCCGUAUGAAGGGUCGAUUCGUGAAGAAGAGAAGUUGA